AUGGCAGGCGUGGCGUUCGACUGGCGGGCGCUGGCCGAUGAUGGUGCCAUCUUCUAUUACCUCUUGAUUCCUGCUCUCAUCGCGGUAACGACGAUGCUGUUCCGCCACAUCUGGGGCAACGAGCUGAAGGAGCGCGAGAAGGAGGCCCUUGAGAAGGAGAGGUGCGAGAAGCAGGAGCGCGAGAAGGAGAGGCGUGAGAAGGAGGCCUGCGAGAAGGAGAGACGCGAGGAGGAGAGACGCGAGAAGGAGAGGCUCGAGCAGGAGAGGCUCGAGCAGGAGAAGCGUGAGCCGCAGAAGCGCGAGCAGGAAGCCCGCGAGAAGGAGAGGCGCGACGAGGAGGAGAGGCGCGAGAAGGAGGCCCGUGAGAAGGAGGCGCGUGAGACCGAGAGAUGCGAGAAGGAGAGGCGCGAGGAGGCGCGACGCGAGAAGGAGAGGCUCGAGCAGGAGAGGAGCGAGCAGGAGAAGCGUGAGCAACAGAAGUGCGAGGACGAAGCGCGCGAGCAGGAGGCCCGUGAGAAGGAGAGGUGCGAGAAGCAGGAGCGCGAGAAGGAGAGGCGUGAGAAGGAGGCCUGCGAGAAGGAGAGGCGCCAGGCGGAGGAGAGGCGCGAGCAGAGAAGCGCGAGGCAGCAGAAGCGCGAGCAGGAGAAGCGUGAGCAGGGAGGCCCG